GAGGAGUUGGAGAGGCCGACAAGCAGGGAGUUUGCAUAGUCAAGCCUUGGUGUAAUGAAAGCUUGUUUAAGGAUUUCGGCUGCCUAUGUAGUGACUGUGUGGCUUGCAGCUCAAUGACUGGACCUGAUGGCUGUUUGAGCCAGUAGCUGGUGUGAUCUAGAGAUGCUCCAGUCUUUGUAGCGAUGCUGUAUUGAAGAGGAAGCCACUCCUUUGACUUCACCAGUGGUUAAUGAGGAAUGUACAGAGAUACCUGCAGCUCCAGCCAGGCCACUGAACCAUGUCCAGACCGCAGGCCCUGGCGGUGAGUGCAGCCACACUGCUGGGCACCGCGGUGGGCUGCCUGUACCUAUGGAAGACCUUCACAAACACCAAGCAGAACAGUGGAGCCGAGCCAAAGGAUGUCGGCGGGAGCUCAGAGAGAGCCCCGCUCACCGAAGGCAAGCAAGAGCCCGAGCUGGGCCACAGCUCCCGACCACUGGAGGAGAGGCUGCUGGCAGCGAGGGUCUUUGUGGUCCAGUCAGAGGAGGAGUGGGAGGCAGCGUGGCACUUGGUGAAGACUGAGUUAGAGAAUUACCCGGUCCUUGGGCUGGACUGUGAGUGGAUUUCAGUCAGAGGAAAGCGGAACCCUGUGUCCUUGCUUCAGAUGGCCUCCUGCAGUGGCCUGUGUGUCCUUGUCCGCCUGCCCCAGGUAACCCGGUGCAGCUGCCCCCUGCCAAAGGCUUUGCUUGAGGUGCUGGGAGACAGCAGGGUUCUGAAGGUCGGCGUGGGGAUCCACGAGGACGGCUGUAAAUUGCUUCGAGAUUACUGCGCCACAGUCAGAGGCUGUGUGGACCUGAGAUACUUAGCCAUGCGGCAGAGGAAGACUGUAUUUUCCUGCUCUCCCAGCCUCAAGUCCCUGGCUCAGGAAGUCCUGCACAUCACACUUGACAAGUCUCUUCAUCUGCGCUGCAGCAACUGGGAGGCAGAGGCACUAGCCAUUGAGCAGAUAACCUACGCUGCGCAGGAUGCCCGUGUGUCAAUGGCUCUGUUCUUUCACCUGUUGGGAUUCAGCUCUCUACCAGCUGAGGGCAAUGGCCCCUGGGAAUCGGAGCCCAACUGGAAGCAGGUGCUGGCAAAGUGCCAGGGGCUUCUGGAUAUCCCGUUUAAGGGCAAAAUGGGAGGCAGCCGUGGGGAGUACAGGGCUGUAGAAACAAGCUCUCAGCAGCAAUGGAGGAGCAAGCCGAGCAUCGAUGGCUUCACUUUAACAGAUCAGAAGAGCAAGGAUCCCAGGAGAACCCAGCGCAAGCCUCUGGGUGUGGGAUAUUCUGCCAGGAAAUCUCCGUUAUACGACAACUGUUUCCUUCACGCUCCCGACGGCCAGCCUCUGUGCACAUGCGACAGGAAGAAGGCUCAGUGGUACAUAGACAAGGGCAUUGGGGAGCUGUUCAGUGAGGACCCGUUCAUAGUGAAGCUGAAGUUUGAGCCGUCAGGAAGACCCGAAUCUCAGGAGGAUUAUUACUUGACAGCGAAGGAAAACCUGUGUGUCGUGUGCGGCAAGACAGACUCCUACAUCAGGAAAAACAUUGUGCCCCACGAGUAUCGGAGGCAUUUCCCGGUGGAGAUGAAAGACCACAACUCUCACGACGUGCUUCUCCUCUGCACCACCUGCCACGCGACCUCCAACUGCCACGACAACCUCCUGAAGCAGACGCUGGCCAAGGAGUUCAACGCCCCAAUCGGGUGUGAGGAAGCCACACGGCUGCUCGAGGACCACGAUCGCAGGCAGGUCCGCUCCGGCGCCCGAGCCUUGCUCCACGCUGACAGCCUGCCCCAGGCCAGGAGAGAGGAGCUGCAGGGCAUCUUAAAGGCCUUUUACAAGACAGACACCCUGUCACAGGAGCUGCUGCAGGAAGCGGCCUUGCUGGAAACAAGGAUAUUCAAUGAGAGUUACAUGCCUCACGGGCUGAAGGUGAUGCAGGCCAUUGGGAGUGGUGGUCUCCGACCCCUGAUGUUACUGGAGAAACGCUGGCGACAACAUUUCCUGGACUGCAUGAUGCCCAAGUACCUGCCCCCGAUGUGGUCAGUGGUUCACAACCACAGUAAGCUGCUCCGUACACACGGGGAGCGCUUACACAUCCAGUUGACGUGAGCCUGUCGGGCAGGCAGGGCCUCUGUUACCGCUCCCGUUAACCGGACUAUUUUAGCACACAUCGUGUGGCAUGAGAACACGGCACCACAGACUCCCUGCGAGGCAGUGGGACUGUGUAUGUUGCUACCCGAUUCUUAUCGCCGUGUGUUAGUUUUUUAUUUGUAGAGGGCAGACAACUAACUGGUGGAGAGAAGAACUAAAUCGAUUUGAGGCUGGUGAAGUCACUGUAAAGUCUUAAACCCGUGCUCGUAGCAGAUUCCAGCCCUGACCAUUCCCCAAUUGUGCUCUACGUGGAUUGUAUCUAAUGUACCAUUAACGCUGUAACGGCUUUGAAAGAAUUGAUCUGUACUUAAGAUCACGAGACGCUGAAAUUCCUGCUCUUGGGUUAAUCCUUUAGAAGGAGAGUGACUGAAGGCAGCAGGGCUCCCCCUUUGCUGGAUUGCUAUCAGAUCGAAUGCUUUGGGAAUCUCGUCAUCUGAAAACUAAUUUACACAAUGAGUUGGGAGUCUUGGGUGUAAUUUUGAAAUGCUUUGAAUUUUUUAAAAACAAUAAAUGCUGGAAGACUCCUGCUACAAUUCA